GGAAACACGCCUCUUCUCAUUUAUACAACAUUACUGGAAAGACUUCAGGAGUCGGUCAGCGGCGCGCAUAAAGGCUUCGCAAACUUCCCACAACCAUUUUUUUUUCAUAUCAAUGAUAUUUCUUUUUUAAUUUUCUGGACUUACACAACUGCAGAAAUGACUCUACCAUACUCCCAAAGCGUGACAACACUUAAAAGAGUGACCGUCGAGGAACCGAGCACACGGACUGUCUUGACAUCCACUCCUGUCGGGAUAAGCGAUAGUUCGACGACUUACCGAACGGUAAACCUCGCUGAAGCUCAGCUGCAGCCAUCCAGUCCUGUCGGGAUAAGCGAAGGUUCGACGACUUACCGAACGGUAAACCUCGGUGCAACUCAGCUGCAGCCGGUCCAGUACAUUAACAGCCAAAUGGAGGGGAACGUGAUGUACGGGGGCGCGCGUUACCUGGUGCCCGUGCAGCAGCGGCCCGCGGAGUCAUACGUGUACCUGAGUCAGGCGCCGCGCGUCAUGCAACAAGUGUACUUACAGAACGUUCAGCCCAUCAGCGUUAGCAGCGUCGACGAGACCGACGUCUACAGACAAGUAAACAUAAAUGGACAAACGUCUGUCUGCAGCCAGUUAUCCAGUCCAGUCAAGAGCCCUGAACCAUCUGAGUCGGAGUUGGUGGAGAGUUCAAGCUUUCGGGAGGAAGUCGUGGACUUAAGAGAAAUAAAGAAUGGCUUCUCGACUGAGAUCAAGACCGAGGUAAUCGAGGUGGAACCGGUCGCCAAGCUGGACAACCGCUUCUUUGGUGAGCUUCUUGCCGAGGUUUAUCGCAAGAACUCCGAUAUUCACACCUGCAUCUCCGAGCAUGUGGCGAAGAUCCGGGGAAGGAAACACCUUCUGGACCCCACCAUUGAUUACAAGGUGGAAAAAGAAGAAAUAGAGAGUCUUAUUCCUAAAGGAGUGUCCGAACUGACUAAGCAACAGAUCCGCUACCUGCUGCAAACUCGUGUGACGGCUGAUAAGACAAUGCGUCUGUUGAUGGCCACGUUCAGCAGUCUGCGAGAGGAGCUAGUGCAUAUGCAGGAGGAUCUGAGGCGUCUGGAGAGUGAGAAGGAGGAGCUGGAGAGAGAUCUGAGCUUUAAGGCAGAUCAGGCUCUGCAAUAUGACAGACUACUGGAGACCGUACGUGAGCACAACAGACAACUGCAGGCGGCUGUGAAGGAAAGUAACAAUGCUCAACGUACUCUAGAAAGUCAGCUACUGACCUUCCAGAGCAAAGACCCCAACAAAGACUUCCGCAUCAAAGAACUGGAGGGCAGCAAGAGAGCCCUGGAGCAGGAGAAUGAGCUACUCAGGAAGAAGUUGGCAGGGCAGUGCAGUAGUUCCACUGUCCAAAUCAAAACACAGGAGCUGUCUAGAGAGUAUGAACAGAUGCUGAAUGAUCUACGGGCAGAGAAGGACAAAGAACUCAAGAACCUGCGGACUCAGCUUAUAAAAAUCCAGACCGAGCGCACCAUAACACACACCACUGACAGCACCUUGGAAUUGCGCAUCACUGAGCUCCUGUCCAAACUGGAGCAACGUGAAAGCGUCAUCAGACACCAGGAGGAGGAGAUCAAGCGACUCAAACAGCAGAAGGUUGACAACUCCAGCAGUACAACGAGGACUGUUGUUACCAAGAGAUACAUGAACCAGUACCCUAUACUGGGUCUGCUGAGUGACGAUUACCAGUACACACCACCCAUUAAAGAGGACAGGACCGUCGUCAUUGAGAGAACAGGAGAGGUCACCACACGACUAAUCUAGAUUGAAUGAACAGGAAGAAGAAGAUUUAGAGGCCUCUGCAUUUUCCCCGUCCAAAUCUCAUUCCCUCCCUCUCUCCCUGCAUGCCGCCCUCUUCCCAGUGGCGCCUAUUGGUGACGGUGGCACUUUUAGUGUUUAGGCUUUAGAAUUGGAUAAUGCUGUAUGAAGUAUGAACCAAGAAAAGCAUUUAAUGACACAAAAUCUUCCAGAAACAUCUUGUUUAUUACGAUAUAGCAUGACUACUGAUAUUUGUGUGUCAUCUCUUCAUAUGAUGCACCACAACCUCUAGUCAAGGAUGUAAAUAUUUGGAGAGAAAUGACUUGCAAGUAUCAUAAACCUUGACUGGAAUGAAAGAAAGUUAAGCAUUGUCAGUAAUGUAAAAGGUGAUUGCUGGUUUUCUUAUUCAUUUGGGUACAUUAAUUAUGCUAAUUUUAUUCAGUUUUUUAUUCUUAUGUCACAGAGGUGAUGCUCUAUAUAGAAAAUGAUGCAUAAGGUAAUAGUGGUCGACCGAUACAUGUUUUUCAAUGGCCCACGCAGAUAUCUGGAGAGCAGGAUGACCCACUAAAUACAAAAAGUUUGGGGUCAGUAGCAUUUUCUAAUGUUUUUAAAAGAAGUCUCAUCAAGGCUGCAAAGCAUAUUUGAUCAAACGACAUUAAAAACAUUGUGAAAUAUUAUUACAUUUUUAAAUGACUGUUUUCUAUUUGAAUACAUUUUAAAUGUAAUUUAUUCCUGUGAUGGCAAAGCUGUAUUUACAGCAUCAUUACUCCAGUCUUCAGUGUCACAUGAUCCUUCAGAAAUCAUUUUAAUAUGCUGAUUUGCUGCUCAUGAAACAUUUAUUACCAAUGUUGAAAACAGUUGUGCUGCUUAAUAUCGUUGUGGAAACCAUGAUACUUUUUUCAGGAUUCUUUGGUGAAUACAAAAGUCAAUAUUUUAUUUGAUAUUUUUCUUGUAACAAUGUAAAAUGUUUUACUCUCUUUUGAUCAAUUUAAUGCAUCCUUGCUGAAUAAAAGUCUACAUAAAAAUCUUACUGACCCCAAACUUUUGAAUGGUAGUUUACAUAGAAAAUGUACAUGAGAAACACAAAAAUGUAAAAAUAAAUAAAUUAAAUGAAAGUAAAAAAAAGAAGAAAAAAAAAGAAAAAUAUUUUAAAAAUAAUUUUUUAUUUAUCUGUUUACAAAGCUGUUGGAUAUUGUAAGUAACACAAGGGGGCGCCAACACAGUUAUCAACCGAUGGCAGAUAGCUGUUUUUUUUUACAAUCACUAGGACCCAUUUCUCAAUACUUGGGUGACUUUUUCAAAACUCUUCACACAGUAAUCACAACAUCAGUCUAUGUGGGCUAAACUGUGGAUUAUUUAUCAUUGCUUUGGCACAAAAUGCAUUCAAUGACUACAUCUUUCAAAUUACAUGAAUUAUUUUCUCGCACAAUUACUGCCUAAACUCUGUGUACCUGGCCAAUUUGCACAUACUCUUUUCAAAGCUGUUAAACUUAAGUCCAAACCUUAGCAUAAUAAAAAAAAUGAAUAAGACAGAAAUCCGCUACAUUUCUACAUUAAUACCAUAUUGAAAUAUAUUAUGAAUAAAAAAAAUAAAAAAAAUUCAAAUCAAAUACUAUAUAUAUAUAAAACUACAAAAGCUUGAACAGCUACACAAGUGUUGUCUUUCAAUUUGAAUUACCAUCUAAAGAAAACUUGGGAAUAAUUUUUACUGUAAUCUAAACAUGGAUCAUGUAAUAUACAGCAGUGAAUUCUAAACAGCAGAGAGUGUCAUUCUUGUUCUGUAAAGAAAUUUUACAUAAGAAAACAUUGUAUAAUGCUACAUGGCAUUGUUUUAUAAGUGCAAAAGUGUUUGUUGGGUGAAAAACUUUGCAGGUGUUAUGGAAGAAUGAGUUGAUUUGAGACAUGUCACAUGUAUGAAGUGUUUUGGUAGUUUUAGUGCAUUUUAAAUGUGAAAUCAACUGCUGUUGCCAAGUUGAAAGUUGGUUAGGAGAACUGAAGAGUUUUUUUUUUUUUUUUUAAACGUAAGUAUUGAGAAAUGUGUCCUAGCGAUUGUAAAAAACUAGCUCUGGCUGAUACAUCGGUAGACCACUUAUAUGUAAUGUAAGCUGGUGAUGGGUUUUACUGCUUUAAAGUGGUUGAUAGCGCAUGGGGUAACAGUGAUUGGUGUAAGCUAUCUAAAUUCUCACAGCUAUACUGUAUGUAACUUCUUUUUUUGUUUGUUUUUUAAUCUAUCAAAUGGUCAAUUUUAGCCUAUGUAAACAUUGGUUGUUUUAAAUAAAGUUAAUAAACAUAAAAACCUCCAUAAACAUUUCUGUUUUUAUAGUCUGAAACUGCUGGGAUGUUUUUGUCAUGGUACAUUGAAUCUAUUUCUACAGAAUCUGCCUGUGUUUUUACACACGAAAGGACAUUUUUUGAUGUGACUACAGAAAUUCUCUUGAACUGUAAAGAAAAUGAUGUUUGAUGUUAAAUCCAUCUUUUUUUUUAUCUGAAAUGUGCCCUUUCAAAUUAAACUUCACAUUCAAAUUAAACUUCACAUGCAUCUACAGCAUGUAUCUCUUUUGGAUGAAACUCUACAUCUUGUAAAUGUUUGUGCUUGAAAUAAAGAAUAUUGUGACCUCUUGA